GAAGAAAUUCCACCGAACCCGGAAGCGCUCCUGAAUCGGCCGUGGCUGCUUUUCAUUCAGGCUGCGGCGAUUUAAAUCAGUUCCCACGGACACAUCCCUUCGUAUCGGGCGGCUGGUAUCUUCCCCUGCAGGUAGACUAACGGAGAGCAAACAUGGCUGGUCGGCUACCGGCUUGUGUUGUCGACUGUGGCACGGGGUACACAAAGCUUGGUUAUGCAGGAAAUACAGAACCACAGUUCAUCAUACCAUCAUGUAUCGCAAUCAAAGAAUCGGCCAAGGUUGGAGACCAGGCCCAGCGCAGGAUGAUGAGAGGCGUCGAUGACCUGGACUUCUUCAUUGGGGACGAAGCCAUCGACAAACCUUCGUAUUCAACAAAGUGGCCCAUCCGUCACGGGAUAGUGGAGGACUGGGACCUGAUGGAGAGAUUUAUGGAGCAGAUCAUCUUCAAGUAUCUGCGGGCAGAACCUGAAGACCAUUACUUUCUUUUGACAGAGCCUCCUCUCAACACACCAGAAAACCGAGAGUACACAGCGGAGAUCAUGUUCGAGUCCUUCAACGUGCCUGGUCUCUACAUUGCCGUUCAGGCUGUCCUGGCGCUGGCUGCCUCCUGGACAUCCAGACAGGUCGGAGAGCGGACACUGACGGGAACCGUCAUCGACAGCGGGGACGGGGUCACGCACGUCAUCCCCGUGGCUGAAGGCUACGUCAUCGGCAGCUGCAUCAAGCACAUCCCCAUCGCCGGUCGAGACAUCACCUACUUCACCCAACAGCUGCUGAGGGAACGAGAGGUGGGGAUCCCUCCGGAGCAGUCGCUGGAGACGGCUAAAGCAGUCAAGGAACGUUUCAGCUACGUCUGCCCCGACCUGGUGAAGGAGUUCAACAAGUACGACACAGACGGCUCCAAGUGGAUCAAACAGUACACAGGCAUCAACUCCAUCUCCAAGAAGGAGUUCACCAUCGACGUCGGCUACGAGCGCUUCCUGGGGCCGGAGAUCUUCUUCCACCCUGAGUUCGCCAACCCAGACUUCACCCAGCCCAUCUCGGAGGUGGUGGACGAAGUCAUCCAGAACUGCCCCAUCGACGUCAGACGUCCACUGUACAAGAACAUCGUGCUCUCCGGAGGAUCCACCAUGUUCAGGGACUUUGGCAGGAGGCUGCAGAGAGACCUGAAGAGGACCGUGGACGCACGGCUGAAAAUGAGCGAAGAGCUGAGCGGCGGCAAGUUGAAGCCCAAACCCAUCGACGUGCAGGUGAUCACUCAUCACAUGCAGAGGUACGCCGUCUGGUUUGGAGGAUCAAUGCUGGCGUCCACUCCUGAGUUUUACCAAGUGUGCCACACCAAGAAAGACUACGAGGAGAUCGGGCCGAGCAUCUGCCGCCACAACCCCGUAUUCGGCGUCAUGUCUUAAGACGUCGAGGCGGAGCGUGUUCAGCGGAGGCCGAGGAGAGGAAAAAAAAACAACAACAAAAAAAAAAACAGGAGGACGCGACUGCAAGACCUCACAUGCUGUGGAAAUCCCAUGAGCCUUUGCACGGAUGCUCCGGCAGACCUGUUGAUUCGGAUUGAAGCGACAGUGGACCAAACAAACUGCCAAAAGAGCGGCAGCGUCCUCACUAAUUAGAGGAAAGAGGUGACUCAGCCCAAAGGAUCCUCACGUAAAAUGUUUACUGCGAGUAGGUUAAUAAUAGGUGGUAAAUCUUUCAUUUCUGCGUGCCUCGUAUAUGUACUUAUAAUAUCCUCACAGGGUUGUAAUAUGUAAUUAAUCAACAUGAGUCCUGUAUAAAUGCACCUCUCUGUGUAUAUGGGUUGGGUUCUUGCGAUAUGUUAUAUAUACUCAAAAAAAAAAGAAGAAAAAAAAAUGAUGGUUGUUUCAGGAAGCAGGACGAUAGAUCAUUCUCCACACGUGUCAUCAAACAGGUGCAAACAUACAGAAAAGCAACAAUCGCCAGACAUACUGACCAUUCCUGAUCCUCUUUUGUUUCCUUUUUUUGUGUCUCUUAUUUUUAAAAUGUGCUUCAGUACCUGGAGGAAAUACUUGACCUCAGAUUAUUCAAGAAAAAAAUCCUCAAUUAUUAUUAAUCUGCUUAUCGAGUAAUUUCCCCCAGGCGUCACUGAGACAAGUCUGCUUUUCUUCUGCUGCAUUGUGACUGAACCCGGUCGCCAGGAUAAAUGUUGACCAUGUGUAAGUCACUGCAAACCAUAGACGUGUUGAAACAUGAAGUACAAUUUCACUUUUUUUUGUUUUAUGUUGUGGUAAAGGCAUAAAAAAACAGAUGGCUGUGGUGUGGAAAGGUUCAUAUUGUGGCUUAUAAAACAGUUUUGUUCCCAUAAGAACGGCUGAAAAAUGUCAACGAGCCUCGUUAAAAUUACCUGGAAUUUUCGCCACAAACAGCUGGAAAAUGUUGCAACGUCACGCCAAAAAUAUCUUGAUUUGUUGCAACGAAGAUGCUAGAAAACGUCCCGGCGUCUCGUUAAAAAUACUCAGUUUUGUUGCUACGAAAGCAGCAGGAAAAUGUCCCGCCUUGUUAAAAAUACCUGUCCAUAAAUUUCCAAGCGCCUCCAUACAGAUAACCAGAUUUGUUGGCACAAAGACAACCAGUAAUUUUCCGACUCCUCUCUAAAAAUAGUCGGUGUAGUUGGCACAAAGAUGACCAGUAAUUUUCCUGACUCCUCUCUAAAAAUACCUGAUGCGUCGGUUGAAACAAGAACUGUGUCCGACUGUACAUAUUCAUGAAAUCGGAACACGAUGUGGUCCAAAUUUGUAGAAAUGCCGACACGUCUGUGCUGAGCAGAAACGUGCAGCUCCAGCGUUUCAUCCUGGCGAACGGGCUUUGUGCUUUUUCCUUUUGACUUUGUCUUUUUUUUUUGUAUCGGUUAUUAAUCAUUUCUUGAACAACCUGUUUUGAAAAAAAAAAAAACAAAACAAAAAGAAGUCGUAUUAAUAUAUGAACAUGCAGUUUUGAAUGACUGUUGUUGGACCAUCACUGUUGCCUAGAUCUCAGUUCUUACUGGAUAGCCUUGUACUGUACCAAAUCUGGAUUUCAAUGCUGGCAUUCCAAUAAAUGCCAAGGAGAUA